AUGCCUACAGGUACCUGUCCACAACCGGCCCCUCCGACGCCUCAUCAGGCGUAUCGGCCAACGCCAUGGACUGUGCCUCCUCCUCCACCCUACCCGCCACCAGUGCAGAAUGCUGCCCAAACGCAGCAGCAGCAGCAGCAGCAGCAGACCGCACCUGGAGUUCAAUAUGCACCAAGCCCUGGUCCUUACAUCCAGCCAGCAUACCAGCAGAUCUCACAGACGACAAUACAACAGCAACAAUACCACCCAGUCUCGCAUUCGUACCAGUCACAGUACCAGGCACAACAACAGGUGCUGCAAGCCUACAACCCACCUCCGACACCGCUUUCUCCGCCUUAUGGAGCCCAGGUAGCGCCGCAGGGUGGCUCAGGUUACUUCUCCGCGACGGCGACAGCCCAGUAUCAGAUUAUUCACGAUGCUCCAAAAGGAAACGGGCAACCAGCGGUGCAGGGGCCGUACACGCCAGCGGCAACGCCGGGUACUGUCUAG